AAAAAGUGACAGAUUUGCACCUAUCUGAGGAUCUAUUUAAUCUCAAGUGUUUGAGACUCCUGACCAAUCGCUGUGGUUCGUUGAAGGCAUGGACCAAUCAGAGCUCGUUGAGGCGGUGAGUGAAGCUGGUGGAGCCGCGGUGGCGCCUGUCGACCUGAGGAAAGAGUUGGAGGAGUUUCUAAAACGGCUGAACAUCGAGACGACCUGCAUCGAACACCCAGAGGUGUUUACAGUGGAGGAGAUGAUGCCCCAUGUGUCUCACCUGAGCGGUGUCGUCACUAAAAACCUGUUCCUGAAGGAUAAGAAGCGGCGUGUGUUCCUGGUGUGUGUGCGUCACGACCGGCCCCUGGCCCUGGGUGAGCUGUCCCGCCGGCUGGGGGCCCCGAAUCUGCGCCUGGCGGAGAAGCGUCUGCUGCUGGAGAAGCUGAGGGUCCGGCAGGGCUGCGUGACCCCGCUGGCACUGUUCCUGGACACCGAGCGCAGCGUGACGGCGGUGCUGGACCGAGAGCUGACCCACGGCGGACACACACACAUACACUGCCACCCCAUGACCAACAGCGCCACCAUGGGGAUCACACCCGCCGACCUGCUGCGCUUCCUGGAGGAGACCCAGCACACACCCGUCAUCCUGAGCUUCGACUGAGUGUGUGUGUGUGUGUGUGUGUGUGUGAAAUAAAGCAUCCGCAGUCAGACUGAACACAUCACAUUAAUUUAUGAAAAGAGGAAUGAUGCAGCUGGAGACGCUCACACUGGACUAACACAGCGCUCUUCACCAUGAUUUGGCACACACACACACACACACACACACACACACACACACACACACACACACACACGGCCUGUAUUUUUUGGUCUUUCAGGGUUUUGGUGACGCAUCUGCAGUGCCAUGAGUCUCUCUCUCACACACACACACACACACACACACACACACACAGGUUGUGCUCGUGUCAGUGGUGUUCUGCUCCAUCCAGAGGAAUAAUCCUUGAUUCAAGGAAAGACGAGACGCUGCUGCGGUCAGAGGAGGAGUGGAGGACGGGACCCGCUGAUGGAGAGACAGGAGACACAACAGGAGAUUAGAGCUCAACACACACACACACACACACACUCAAACAAUCUCAAACACAUUCACAAAUGGAGAGGUAUAAUUGUGUGUGUGUGUGUGUUUCCUUAGUAAACUUCAGCAUUGUGCCUUGUUCAAACACUUACAGGAGUUUGUGUGUGUGCACUGUCCAUCCUCAGAACUCACAAAAAUAAAACAACCAAUCAGCUGA